AUGGGUUCCUCAGAUAUCAUCGAUCACUCGCCUCACCAGGCUGAUCCCUCGCCUCCAAUUCCAACGGCCUCUAACCUUAUUCUUAUUGACAACUACGACUCUUUCACCUGGAACAUUUACCAGUAUCUCGUUCUUGCUGGAGCUACGGUUACUGUCUAUCGAAAUGACAAGGUCACUGUGGAUGAAAUCAUUGCCAAGAAACCCACCCAGAUCAUCAUCAGCCCCGGUCCCGGUCACCCCGAGACUGAUUCUGGUGUGAGCCGCGAUGUCAUUAGAUAUUUUGCUGGCAAGGUUCCUAUCUUUGGUUGCAUCUUUAAUGUCUAUGGCGGAGAAGUCAGUUCAGCUGGUGAAUGGCUCCAUGGCAAAACUUCACCAUUGACCCAUGAUUCCAAGGGUGUGUUCUCUGGUCUCAAGCAGGGUGUUCCAGUUACUCGCUACCAUUCUCUGGCGGGUACCCACGUCACUUUGCCUGAGGACCUGGAGGUUUCCUCUUGGGUCGCUAAGCCUGAUGGUUCCCCUGGUGUCAUUCAAGGUGUUCGUCACAAGAGGUACACCAUCGAAGGUGUCCAAUUCCACCCUGAGAGUAUCCUAACUGAAGGUGGACGAGCUAUGAUCACAAACUUCCUCCGCAUGCAAGGAGGUACUUGGGAGGAGAACACUGAGUUCCAGAAGUCUGGUUCUGCCAACAGCGACAACUCGGCUGCACCCAAGCCCAAGAAGAACAACAUUCUGCAGCGAAUUUACGCCAACCGAAAGGCUGCUGUGGAUGCUCAGAAGCAAAUUCCUUCCCAAAGAUUUGAGGAUCUACAAGUUGCGUACGAUCUCAACGCUGCGCCUCCCCAGAUUCCUUUUGUCAACCGACUACGACAGUCUCCUUUUGACGUUGCUUUGAUGGCUGAGAUCAAGCGCGGUUCUCCUUCUAAGGGCAUCUUUGCGCUGGAUAUUUCCGCCCCUGCACAAGCUCGAAAGUACGCUCUGGCAGGCGCAAGUGUCAUUUCCGUGCUUACUGAGCCUGAGUGGUUCAAGGGCAGUAUUGAGGACUUGAGAGCCGUUCGACAAGUCUUGGAUGGCAUGCCCAACAGACCCGCAAUCCUUCGUAAGGAGUUCAUCUUUGACGAGUAUCAGAUCCUUGAGGCACGAUUGGCUGGUGCGGAUACUGUUCUGCUCAUUGUCAAGAUGCUUGAUUCUGAGCUUCUACAAAGACUAUAUAAUUAUUCUCUCCAGUUGGGUAUGGAGCCUCUUGUUGAGGUUCAGAAUGCUGAGGAGAUGACGAUUGCCGUUAAGCUGGGCUCCAAGGUCAUCGGUGUCAACAACCGUAAUCUUGAGAGCUUUGAAGUUGAUCUCAACACUACAGGCCGGCUACGCAGCAUGGUGCCUGAAAGCACAAUCAUUUGCGCGCUCAGCGGUAUCAAUACCCAUGAUGACGUUUUGAUGAACAAGAGGGAUGGUGUCAAUGCUGUUCUGGUUGGUGAGGCCAUCAUGAGAGCCCCUGACGCCAGUGUUUUCAUCAGCCAGCUAUGCUCUGGGACCGAGCCCCCUGCUAAAUCUGAUGUCGCGUCAUCAUUGUACGUCAAGAUUUGCGGUACUCGGAGUCCCGAGGCUGCCCGGAAGGCUGCCGAGUCAGGGGCAGACUUUGUUGGCAUCUGCCUUGUUCCUGGUGCCAAACGAUGUAUCUCACAUGAGACUGCCCUUGCAAUCUCAGAAGCAGUGCACACAUAUCCUAGCACUCGAAAAUACGACACCCAAGUGGCAGUAGUAGACAACAAAGCCAAGGACUACUUCGAAGCUGCUGCCCAAAGACUUCGUAGUCCUCGACCUCAGCUCGUUGGUAUCUUCCAGAACCAGCCUCUGAGCGAGGUUUUGGAGAAGCAGAAGCAAUACGACCUUGACCUAGUCCAGCUUCAUGGUGACGAGCCUAUCGAGUGGGCAAGCCUCAUCCCUGUGCCCGUCGUCCGAUGCUUCAAGCCUGGCCAAGUCGGAAUUGCGCGUCGGGGAUAUCAUACUGUUCCUCUUCUUGACUCUGGCUCUGGAUCCGGCAAGCUUCUCAAUGUCACCAAUGUACAGGCUGUUUUGGAGAGUGAUCCUGAGCUUCGAGUCUUCCUUGCUGGUGGCCUCAACCCUGACAACGUGGCUGAGUCUGUCAAGGCUUUGGGUCCCCUCGCUGAUCGAGUGAUUGGCGUUGAUGUGAGCAGUGGUGUGGAGGAGGAUGGAAAACAAAGCUUAGACAAGAUCGCAGCUUUCAUAAAGGCUGCCAAGGAAAUCCGAUAA